UUUUUUUUUUUUAGCUCUGACCAAGCUAGCAUGCUAGCAGUCCGGAGGCUUUAGCCUUGCUAGCUUCAUACUAUGGAUGCGCUGAGUAUCGUUGCGGAUGAGGUUGCCCUGGAAGGGCUGGAUGGAAUAACGAUUCCCACCAUUUGGAUACGUUUGGGGGACGUACAGCCCAAAUUCCCCCUGAAACUCGACGCUUUUACCAAAGAGUUUAUCUGGAAGUCGCUUGUAAAUAACAGAAACCUGAAGUUCUAUGAACUUCCCCAGGAGAGACCAGACGUUCUGUUGUUUAACAGGUUUGCAGAUACUGACUCAGAGAUUUGUCUUGAAACUCACGUGAAGUUUGAGGAUGACUUCAAAAACAUCUAUCCCGUCUACAUCAUACCUGAAAACAAGGAUGGCAUCCAGGGCUCAUGCCUUUUUUUCAAAGAGAGGAAAGAAGUUACAAAGCAGAUUCGCUCCUCGUCUCUUGCCCCUCUUCUUAGCUUGGAGGAAGCUUCAAAAAAGUAUGGAAGAAAACUAGUCAUUGUGGCAUCUCAAGCUCUGAGGUUUCGAGCUCUCAUCGGUGCAGAAACCGAUCCUGAUCUAAAGAUCCUCAAUGAGUCUUACUGCUUGUUGGAGCGAGUGGGCCGAGCACGCUGGCAGGGGGAACUGCAGAGCAAUCUGCACGGCCGCCUUUUCAUGGCGGAUGCUCGGAAGCUGCACUACUUGAGGAAGCCUCUUGUCAAACAUGACCUGAUCACUCUGCAGCCUUUUGUCAAACGUCUGAAAUCAGGACAGAUGCAACACACCAUUCUUCUGCUGCUCAAGCGCUUUCAUCUAAACAGACGGACUAAGAUUGAUAAGAUCAUGGAGUAUGCCUCCAACUUUCUCCAGCAGUUCCCUGGUCAGUUCACCACAUCCGACAACUUUAAGCAACAUCUUAAUCUGAGCGAAGACCUUAUGAGAAGCUUGAUAAAGAACCUAAGAGCUGCAAAGAUGACAGAAUUUUUCCGCUGCCCUCUGGAAGACUUGGAUCCCGAAGCUGGACCCUGCAACAGCAGAAACGGAAGAAAAGUUAUAGUGCGCUGCUUGAGAUUGGUUAAGCCCUACUCAAAGAAAGGCAUCACAGAUGUCAUCGAGGAUGACGAUGACAACGAUGAUGAAGAGGAUGCCAUGCCUGGAGGAGGCGAGCUUUCCAUCGAGGGUCAAGUGUUGGAGAGAGACCUAAUGUCACAGGCCUACCACCUUGUUUUGUCCCAGGGUUCAAAGGGGAUCCCUCAGCGGGACAUCGCAUCAAAAAUGCACUUUGGGAGACAGGAGUCUCGAAUGAUUAUUCGGAAGCUGGAAAGGGAGGACUUAAUCAAGGGUUUUUUGGUGGAUGAAGGUCGACAAAGGACCACAAAAUAUCUGAGCCACAAGUGUGUGGGUGUCAGUGACCAAGUCCAGAGGUUUGCUCAAGAACAUGAAAGAAAUAAGCGGCUCUACUCUGCGGCAAACAAAAGCGACGAUGCUCCCCCGGCCAAGAAAAGAAUGAGAAAAAGCAAUAGAAAAGACGAGGAGCGGGAAGGUCAGAGUGGAGGAGAGGACGCUGCGACUGGGAGAGUAGACCCAAAGAGGGGAGAAGCGUCAGGAAUGUCAACAGAGGAAGAUGCGACAGAGCAGAUAAAGCCAGAGCCUUCCGUCAUGCGGCUUACACCAGACGAUGGUGCGGUAGCUUCCACUAGUGGAUCCAUGACCGGUGUGACAGCUGACCCCGUGACCCCUCCUAAACCUGACACAGCUGUAGUUGUCAUGGAGCAGAAGUUCAUUACUCAAAGCACCCCUGAGAGAGAACCGUCCACUAAAGAUGCUAAGACGCACGAGACUUACCGGGGGCUGAAGAGGAAAAACUUAAUCGUGGAGGCUGUCCAAAACUUAAAAGUUAUAGAGGGUUGUUUCCCACUGCAGAAGAUGAUCAUUAAUGAAGAAAAGGAGGAUGGGAUCAACUCUAAGUGUUGCAAAAAGACCAUUAAUCGCCUCAUACAGAGUAUGUCAAAACAGGGCCUACUGAAGAUAUACUCAACCACUGUUAUACAGGAGGGAAUCACAAAGAAAGUUGACCUUAUUGUCCAUCCAUCUAUUCAGCCCAACGAUGAGAAAAUAACCAAAGUCAUCGAUCAGAUCCGAUUCAACAUCUCCAACACCUUCUAUGUCAUACGGAAACAUGAAACUUCAGAGAAAGGCAACAAACGAAGCACAUUCAAGGAUCUACUCAAAGACAAGAGCUUAAAAAAACGGAGGAGUGGUGGAGAGGCAGCGUACCAACCAAAAAAAGUGCGUGGAAUGGCUAAAAGUUAUGGCUACCAGCCUAAGAUGUGCCGUCUGCGCGUUCUUCAUACCUUCCUCUGGCACGUGAUUUACGGACACCCGCUCCUGAACACCCCCCCUGAUGCAGAAUGUGCCGCAGAAACGACGCAGCUAAACGAAUCCGACCUCGACGGUUCCAACCUGAAGCCCGAAGACAACACGGAAACCUCUGGAGCUUCAAGUUUGUAUGAGACCUUAGGGGAGGAAGAAGAGGAACUGACAAAUGAUCAGUUAAACCCAGAGUCCGACAUGAAAGUGUACAUGGACGAAGAGUCAUGGAAGAGGUUUGUUCCUCCUGUCCAUCUCCAAAAGGGUUUCCGCAGAGGCUGGGCGAUGGUUGGUGACCUGCUCCUCUGCAUGCCGCUCUCGAUCUUCGUUCAGAUAUUGCAUAUGAAUUUCAAGGUGGACGGACUGGAAGGAUAUCUGAGCGAUCCUGUGAAGCAGCAUUAUCUCGUCAGAAUGCUGCCCUAUAGGAUGAAAAGACAGCUUUUUUAUAGGCGGCAAUACAUGCACUCCUUCAAUGAGUCCCUGCAAAAGUUGAUUUACAUGGGCCUGCUGCAGUUUGGGGUUGGAAAAAAGUUCAUGGAGCGAGACCAGGUUUUUGUGUACCUGAAGCGCAAUGCUACUAUCGUUGACACCACCAACACAGAACCUCACUACUGGCUGGUCACAGAACCGCCGGACAAACCCUUCGAGAGGCGCCGCUACACCUUCAACACCAUAGAGGAUGUAGACAGCUUUUGGUUUGACCUGAUGUGCAUCUGCCUCAAUACGCCUUUAGGAAUCAUUCGUAAAAGAAGAAAGGGAUCGGAAGAGGAAGCCCAUGUGGAUGAGUUCCGCAAGGUGCAAGACCGCAAAGUGUUUCUCAAACUGGCACAUCUGCUGCGUGGCAGUUUUGAAGUGUGCGACGACGGUUCCAUACCAGGCGAUGGCAGAGGAGCUGGAGGCCUGGACUCCGAAUUCUUCAGUCAUUUGAAGCGAAACUGGUUCUGGACGAAUCGUCUGCUUUUGUGCAAAGCGAGGCCAAGUAGUCAAGAGGAAACGGAGAUCAAGAUGAGGCUGCAGAACUUUGUGAAUAAACCACUCACAGCUGCUGUCAAAGCUGCAGGAACAAUUUCACCUCAGGGUUUGACUCUGAAGCGGUCCCUGAACACAGACAAAGUCAAAGUCGGGGUUGAACCAGCGUCCAGAAACCAGAGAGUGAUUGGAGGAAAAGGACAGAAAAGGAACCGGUUAAAAAAGGAAAUCGUCAAGGUUCCGUUGAAGAAGAAAAUCCAGGCCAAAAGGCGCUCAGAUGCUCACGAUGAAGCGGACCACAAGGCUUUGAAGAAGAUGACCAAACAAAGAGUGUACUGGUCUGCGGCGGAGGAUGCACUGGUUAUGCUCUGCUCUGUGGCGUCCUACCUCCUUAACAGCAAGUUACAAAGGCCGUUUGUGCCGUACUGUGUGGUGAGAGACAUGCUGCAUGCAGAGUUUAAGAUCUCCGAGGACAAAACCUCCAGUGCCGUCGCCCGCCGCUCCCGAUGUAUUCUUAAAAAUCCUCAGACGCUUCUCAACUACAGGAUCUGUCUGGCUGAGGCUCAGCAGGAUAAAAGUUUGAUGAAAUGCUUGGAAGAGAAGAAACCCGCUAACCCUGACAAAGCAGAGGAUUGUGCCAAAGUGUUCUCAGAAUACGUUAAACUCCUCAGGCAGAAGUUCAGCUCUGUCGUGAGCACCCACAGCAUCACCAUUCCCGACUCCAAGCAGCAGCUUCUCUCUCGGUUUAAGGUCCUGGCAAUAGACGGUGGAGCACGCAUGCCGCUCCAAGACACCAUCACCUGCACAAUGGACAUUCAUUCUAUAGUUCUAUACAACCUGAUCCAGAGCACUCUGGCUAUGAGCAACGCCCAGAUGAAGUCCUCCAGAUCCUUUCAGACGUUUCACAUGUACAACAAAUACGACCAGGACCUGCUGUGUCAAGUGUUCCUCCAGUGCAGGAAAAGACGUCUGAUCAACCGCCGCCGCCUCCAGCAGACUCCCUACGUGAGGAAAAACCGAGGCAUGCCCAUUCUGCCCAUGUCCUACCAGCUGUCCCAGUCCUUCUACAGGUGGUUUUCUUGGCGCUUUCCUCAGUCACUCUGCACCGAUUCCUUCUGCUUCUUAAGGAGUCUACUUACCAACAAACCUGGAGAUGAGAGGCCUGCCAUGACCUUCUACCAUGAGACGGAAAGUAGGUCUCGAAAGGGGGAGGAACUGUUGGAAAGAAAGACAAAAUCGGCUAAAAAAGAAAGUCGUGGGGAGAAAAAGCCUCAACAUCCAGAGCCUACAAACGCUCAGACCUCCAAUGAAGGAGAAGCCGAUGAAAGAAGAGCAGAGGAAAAGGAGGAACUGAAGAAGGCAGAUGUGAACGAUGAGGAGGACGAGCGCAUUUCAGAACAUCUGGAAAGUCAAGGUAGUGCGCUCACAACUGGAUCGGAUGGUGUUUCGUUGAGCGGCGAGCGGGUAGACGAUCCGCCCGAAUCGUCAGUCGAUCCUGCCCCUAAUCCUCCCCCAGAUGUGUCAGACAUGCUGCAGUUCUCGCUCAGCUCUCCAGGGGGAACCUGUGCCUCUGCUCUCAGCUUGAUGACUCUGGGGCUCCUGAACGUGCACGUUUCCAUCCCCAAACCCAUUGUGGUGGUUGACAGCACAAUGGUGGACAACGAUUUUGUAAAGAGUAUGGCUGCAUUGGAAGAAGAAGAUGAUGACGAAGAUGAUGAUGGUGACAAUGAAAAGAGAAAAAAGCUCCAGAUUACAGCCCAUCAGGCGUCACACACCAACUACCUGAUGAUGCAGGGGUACUACUCCCCUGGUAUCGCUAUACGUAACAUAAGCCCCAACGAUAACUUGGUGGUGGAGUCUUGCUCUCUAAAGCUACAGCUGCGCAACACUCCGGCUCACCGUGUCUUCACAGAGGAGAAUGUUCCUUCACUCGACCUCACUAAAUGUGGGCCCUCCCUACUACCCCCCAUCCUCACCAGCAACGUCUGCUCCCCUUCCUGCCGGAUACCGAGCGCCGAGGAGUGCGACAGCCUGCUGAUCCAGGAGAAAGGGUACACUCAGCAGGACAUUGAAGCGUGCGCCCAACUCAGGAGAAGCAUAGAUGAAGCCGGGGAAAAGGGUUUGGAUGAACGAGAGAUGUUCAGUGUUUUCGUGCACCUGCUGGAGCCACAGACGGGACGCUCCAAAACCCUACAGCUUUAUCUGAAGGAUUUACAGGAGAAACACCAGCUGGUCAGAGUGGGAUGUCUGGGUGUGAGGUGGGUGCUGAUGCAGCACGCUGAACCAUGGCUGCUCAUUCUGAACUCCCAGAAGCCCCACUCACCCUCAGAGAAGACCCCCAUUUUUAAGAACCAGCACAACAUCCCCUUCCUCCGUAAAAGAAGCAGCAGAGGACACCAUCAGGAGGGACUGCCUUCAAAAAAGCCAGCAUCACACCUAACAAAAGGACCGGACACACUGAACGAGGACGCUUCAGGAGAGAAACCCCACGAAGAAGAGAAACGGGAGGAACAGCAGGAGAAGUCUGAGGGGGGUGAGGAGCAGGAAGUAGCUCAGCUUGAAGAUGAACAGGAAGAGGUAGGAAAGGAGGAAACGAAGAAGCCGGAGCAUCAGUUGAGUCUGCCAAACACCAGAAAGUGCAGGAUGAAAAAACUGGAAGAUGAAUGUUCUCCAUCAUCAGCUAAGGAAGAAGAUGCCCUGAGCUUCAUCAGCCGACCGUGGCGCCUAAUUGACGGCAGCGUGAACCGAUCCGUGUGUAAGGGCAUGCUGGAAGGUCUUCUCCACCACAUCAUGGCUCAGCCAGGACUCACACAACAAGCUCUGCUGGAGCAUUAUAGGAAUGUGCUGCAGCCGGUCGCAGCGCUCGACCUUGUACAGGCACUUGUGGAGUUAGGCUGUGUGGUGAAGAAAACGUUGGUCAAAGACCCCAAACCUUCACUGUUUGGCAGUACUACACCCCAGCCAAGAACGAAAAGGUCUCCAGCGGUUGAAGAACCAGACGAGGUGUACUAUGAGCCCACCAUCAGCUGCUGCCUGAGACUGAGUCGGGUGUUGCCCAAUGAACGCCCCUGGAAUGACUGUCUUUAAAAUUCAGCAUUUGAGUUGUUUUUUUUUUUUCUUUCACUGGUAACAGUUAAUUUAUUGUUUAAAAUAAAAAAAAUAACAUUCCUGA